ACCCACACCACAGCUGUCUUUAAUUUAUAUUUUCAAUUUUUAAAUUGUUAUUUAUUUAUUUCAGCAAAUGAUUUUCCUAUAUUUUCUCAAAUUUUGACCAUAGCGCAGUAAAUUACAGUUACUUUCUAUUGGGUGAAAAUGGUAAAUGAUAGUUUAUUUUAUUCACAUCGAUUUUAGUUAAAAUAUUAUAAAUAAAACACUAAUAAGACAAUUGACAACGUCCGUGGUAUUGAAUAUUGAUUCUAUUUAAAUUAAUUAAUUAAUUACUAAUAUUUUAUUGAAAUUUGCUCCUCUGGUUUUCUUGUCUACAAUCCCAUAAAUAAUUGAGUAACCAAAAAAAAAAUCAUUUUAUUAAAGAAAAAGAAAAAAGCCCCACCUUUAAUGCGUGUAUCAACUUCUCUUUGAUGAUUAGUCUAUAAAAAUCAAAGCUUGACCUCAACACAAGUAAUUUUUCUGCUGUUCAAGAACUGGGUCACGCUUUUAUCCUCAAAAUCAAGCUUCAUUUCUCUUACCUUAUUCUAUCUCGGUAUUAAAGGUUGUUCUUUCUCCUGGGUCGUGUUCCAAUUCGUUUGGAUUGGAUUAUUAUAAUUGGGUUUCUUUUUUCUGGUUCAGUUAUCAGGUGUAAAAGAUGACGAUUGGCAAUAUUGAACCAAAGAGGGAAAAGAGGUCACGAAAGAGUAAGCCAGUGAUUGAUGAAAAGGCCCCUUUGUUACCCAAAAGACAUGAGGGAGAAGGUGGAUUUGAUGAGUUCAAUGGGGCUUCAUUCUCUGGAGCCGUUUUCAAUUUAUCCACCACAAUUAUUGGUGCAGGAAUCAUGGCUUUGCCUGCUACCAUGAAAGUAUUGGGUCUUAUUCUUGGGGUUUCUCUCAUCAUAUUUAUGGCAUUUUUGACUGAGGCUUCAAUUGAAAUGAUGCUUCGAUUCAGCAAAGCUGGGAAGUCAGUAUCUUAUGGAGGUCUUAUGAAAGAUGCCUUUGGAAAAUACGGAAAGGUGUUGGUGCAAGUAUGUGUUAUAAUAAACAACGUUGGCAUGCUUACUGUGUACAUGAUUAUUAUGGGUGAUGUACUUUCUGGAACUACUUCAAGUGGUGUUCACCACCCUGGUGUCCUCGAAAGCUGGUUUGGAGUACACUGGUGGAAUGGGCGAUUUUUUGUUCUACUUGUCACAACGCUUGCUAUAUUUUCUCCGUUGGCAUCCUUUAAGCGAAUCGAUUCUUUGAGUUUCACAUCUGCAUUAUCAGUUGGACUUGCAGUUGCAUUUCUUGUUAUUACUAUUGGAAUUUCAAUUUUUAAGUUGGCUACCGGAGGAGUUAAAAUGCCUCGAAUGCUGCCUGAUGUCACUGAUUUGACAUCAGUUUUCAAGCUAUUCACAGCUGUCCCUGUUCUGGUGGUUGCAUAUAUAUGCCAUUACAAUGUUCACAGCAUAGACAAUGAACUUGAAGAUUCUAGACAGAUGCAACCAGUUGUUCGAUCUGCACUUGGUUUGUGCACCACUGUGUAUGUGAUGACGAGUGUUUUUGGCUUCCUUCUAUUUGGUGAUGACACUCUUGAUGAUGUGCUUGCCAACUUCGACACCAGUCUUGGCAUGCCAUACGGUUCCAUUCUUAAUGAUGCUGUUCGUGUUAGCUACGCUGCCCAUCUAAUGCUUGUAUUUCCAAUUGUCUUUUACCCACUGCGGCUCAACUUGGAUGGCCUCCUUUUCCCCUCAUCAAGGCCUUUGGUGCAGGAUAACAAGAGAUUCACACUGGUCACUACUGUGCUCAUUGCUCUUAUUUUCAUGGCUGCAAACUUUAUACCUAGCAUCUGGGAUGCUUUCCAAUUCAGUGGAGCAACUGCUGCUGUCUGCCUUGGAUUCAUCUUUCCAGCUGCUGUUACUCUCAGGGAUCGUUACAACAUAGCAACUAAGAAGGACAAGGCGUUGUCUGUAUUUAUGAUUGUCCUUGCGGUGUUCUCGAACCUGAUGGCCAUUUACAGUGAUGCCUAUUCCUUGUUCAAAAGAAGUUCACCUCGAUAGUGAUUGAUUGCUAGUCUCACUCCCUCUCAAAUGAAACCUGCGGGGAAAUGUUGUGGAGCUUUCAAUGAAGACAUUUGUUGUCUAAAUCAAGUUGAGUUGGACUAGAAAAUUGAAGUUUUCUAAGAAGGUUGAAUGAGUCGAAAUAAAGAUAGACUAUACUAUGUUGUACAAUGUAAAAAGGUGUUAUUUUUGUGGCAGAAGUGUAAGAAAAGGUGUGUGCACAAUGCAGUGCAAAUUUGUCUUACCAUUUUUCAAUGUUUUUAAAUUAUGAUUGCACUGUACUCGAAAUACAAUGGAUUUUAUUGCGUGAACAAUUUCAUAUAAGGUGAAAUACAAAUAUGUAAUAUGUAAUCUUAGAUUUGUCA